AUGGCUCCACCAUUUCGUGCCGACCAAGUAGGCUCAUUACUUCGUCCAAAGAGUCUAGUCGACGCGCGAGCGAACUCGACUCUGAAAGUAGAUCGUCUGCGUAGUGGACCAUCAUCGCAUGAAAAGGGUGUGGCAGCCGACAACAACGCCCAAGAUGACGACCCUCUGAACGCAUUGAAAGCCGCCCAGGAUGCCGCCAUCAAGGACGUCGUACGGGAACAACUCGACCGCAACAUUCUUCCUGUUGUCACCGGUGAGUAUGAACGUGGCAUCUUUUACGGCAACUUUUUCGAGGCUCUGAGCGGGUUCGAAGUCCGUUACACGCCCUUUGAAGACUUCAAAAAGGAUUUCCCUACCAACCGACCUCUCCUGAAAUGGGGAGUUCCAGGCCGAGACGCCGGGUUUCCAACGGCCAAAAAAGUGACGCUCGAAAAGUCCGCAUACCUCGACGAUUGGCUCUUCUUCCGCAAUCUCUUGCCAAAAGAUCAGAUUAAGAAUGCCAAAAUGACCGUCCCCCCACCGGGAUGGUGGCACAUCCAACUCAAACAGCCAUUCUCACCGGACCUGUUCCCCUCGGACGAGGCAUUACUGUCCGAUUUGAGCGCCGCCGUGAGGAAAGAGAUCAUGACGCUGUACGACCACGGUCUGAGAGUCGUUCAGGUUGACGAUCCCAAUCUCAGUUUCUUUUGCGACGAAGAGUGGAUUGCGACCUGUAAAGCCGAAGGAGUUGAUCUGGACCGUCUCCUCGAAUUGUACAUCAAGUCACAUAACGACGCCAUCCAAGACCUUCCAUCGGACCUGCACGUCGGUGUACACAUCUGUCGAGGUAAUUUCCCCAAUGGAGUCGGGUUGGCGAGUGGUUCGUACGAGCGUAUUGCGCGGAAACUGUUCAACGAGACCGCGUACAAGUUGUUUUACUUGGAGUUCGAUAGUCCUCGGGCGGGAGACUUCACACCUUUGAAACACUUACCGGUUGACAAGGCCGUGGUGUUGGGUGUGGUGACGACCAAGUUCGCGGAACUAGAAGAUACAAGUGAGCUCCAAAAGAGAGUGUAUCAAGCCGCGGACGCGAUUGCACAGGGACAGGGCAGAACCAGGGAAGAUGCGCUGAGGGAUAAUCUCGCCGUCAGUCCUCAAUGUGGCUUCGCUAGUGAUCAUAGUGAGGGUGGUGUAGGCAUGAGUAGGGAAAGAAUGUGGGAGAAGUUCGAGUUGGUGAAGAGGUUGUCCGAGGAAAUCUGGCCUGGUUGGAACAAGAAGUGAGUAGGCAUAAGGGACAUACACGGUAUAAAUCUUGCAGAGCA